AUGGAGGAAGCCCGAGCUGAGUGGCUGGAAAGCCCCGGUGAGGCAGCAAGCUGUGUGGCUGGAAAGCCCAGGAUUGUACCAGUGAGGGAUGGUGGGAGGCAGACUACCCAUGUGGAUCUACCAUCCAGGAACCACCACAUCACACAAAGCAUGGUGGAUGCGAGUGCUGCUUGCAGAAUGAACCCGCUAGCUGCCCUGGGCAUGGACCGUAGCAGCCUGAUGAGGGAGAGCCUCCGCGUCCACGGAGGGAUGGUCUACCCGGGCAUCCGCACCUUGUCCGCCUCCGAAAAAGCCAGAGAGGGGGUCUCCUCCUUGCCCCUGGGCUACGACCUAGUCUACAAACCCGAAGGGUUGACCUUGGAUGGCAGGAAGCCUGGUAACGGUUAUGUGGGUCUGUAUAAGAGCUCUCCCCCUGGGUUGCAGAGGCCUGGUGGAGGAGGGGAGGGCCUGGGAAUGGAGCGGCGUGUGGGGCCUGGAGAUAAACCCUCUGAACUGGGCCUCAACGGCAGCAACGGCUUCCUGCGACUUCCCUGGGCAGUAAACCCGUACGCGGACCCCGGACUGUACCCCUUCCUGGACUCCUCCAAAUACGCAGCCCUCAACAUGUACAAGGCCUCGUUCCUGUCCCAGCCCUCACCCUACCUGCCCCAGCACCUGGCCUACCAGUCCCUGUGUGGAGGGGCGGGGGGUAGCGCUGCUGGGGCAGAGCGCCUCUUCUACAUGCCCCCGUACCCCCCGGCCCCCAUCUCCUCCCUGGCCCCUCCUAUGAGGAUCCCCAUGGCCACGGUGGUCCCCAACACCCUCUCCCCGAUGCAGGGCCUGGGGCCCCGGAUUCACCAUGAGGCCUCCCCCUAUGGGUCCCAGCUUCACCAGCAGCACCAGGCCCACCAGCAGUCCCAACCCCAUCACCAGUCACAUAGUGACAGGCAGCCCCAGUCCCAACCCCAUCACCAGUCACAUAGUGACAGGCAGCCCCAGUCCCAACCCCAUCACCAGUCACAUAGUGACAGGCAGCCCCAGUCCCAACCCCAUCACCAGUCACAUAGUGACAGGCAGCCCCAGUCCCAACCCCAUCACCAGUCACAUAGUGACAGGCAGUCCCAGUCCCAACCCCAUCACCAGUCACAUAGUGACAGGCAGCCCCAGUCCCAACCCCAUCACCAGUCACAUAGUGACAGGCAGCCCCAGUCCCAACCCCAUCACCAGUCACAUAGUGACAGGCAGCCCCAGUCCCAACCCCAGUCCCAUAGUGACAGGCAGUCCCAGUCCCAACCCCAUCACCAAUCACACAGUAGAGACAGGCAGCCCCAGUCCCAACCCCAGUCCCAUAGUGACAGGCAGCACAACAACAACAGCAGCAGCAGUAGUAGUAAGCUCAGCCGGACUUCCUCUAGUAAGAGCUCUGGCAGCAGCAGCAUUCACAACAGUAGCAGUAUUACCAGUAGUAGCAGUAGUAGUGCUGGGACUGGCAUUAGCAGCAGCCUACCAGUGGACUCCACCCAAGCACUUAUAAUGCAGUCCCCCCGCACAGCCCCCCACCCUCCCCAGACCUCAGUCCCUCCCCCCUCUCCUCUCAUAGACAACAGCACUUUGGACAUCCAGAAGUCACUGUUCAGAAGCCCUCCCUGCUCCUCCACCACCACCACCUCCCAUCCUUUCUACAUGAGCAGCAUGUCCUCUGAGCACCGCUCCCCGGUGAGGUCCGGCAGCAACACCCACAAAGCUAAAGAGCAGGGCAGCAGCUCAGAGCACAGGAAUGUGGAGAGGAAUGGGGAAAGGAAGCGGAGCCAGUCCCCUUUAAAGACAUUGUCCUCUGAUAGACCAGCAGUACUACAGGCUCCUGCCAAAGACCCUGCGGACAAGCCUCUGGAUUUGUCAGCCAAAAUCCUGGAGUUGGAAGGCUCCCCCAACGGAUUCCCCCCAAAACUAGAGGCCUUGGCUAAGCUGGGCUACUCGCCCGCGGCUCGAUACGGCUUACCCCCCAGCCGGGAGCUCCUCAAAGAGACCCUCUCCCCGUCAGGGGCUUCCUCCAAAACCUCUGAGAGGCCUGAGAUCAUUAGCACUUUACGCUCCUCCUGGGUGGUGCCCAGCUCGACCCCGGUCCACGACAGCUCCAGCUCAGACACCAACCACAACAAAGACCCCUCCGUCAUCAAACAUAAAAACCUGGAGAACUUGUCUUCACAGCAGCAGCGAAGCUCUUCCUGUCCCAGGAUAGGUGAGGUCGAUGGGGCUGUCGCCCCCAGCCAUGUCCCAGCUGUGGUAGCCCCUUCUGGGAGCCGACCGUCCUCUGCCUCCGCCUCUCCCAAGGUCAACGGUGAUUGGCCAAGAUCCUCCCCCAACUACUCUGAGACAGCUCCUUCUUCCAACAGAGUGGGCAGCCAUCCCUCUUCUGGGAAGCCAUUGAAACCCCUCAAGAAACCAGAGGCUCAGGAGAUGCCCUUCAAACCCCAGCAGCCGCCCCACUUAGACAACAGCCAUCCGUCCGACAACAGCCAUCCGUCCGGCCACCCCCCUAGCCAACUCUACCUCCCCCAGAGUGACGGCUAUCUUCCCCCUAGCCUAGCCUACGCUAACAGAUACCUGCCCUACUCAGUCCAGGAGAGCAUGUCCAUGCCCCACAUGCCCAUGCCAGGCAAAGGCCCAGUGUACCCCCACCCUGUUCUGCUGGGCAGCAGCAGCCUGUACCCACCCCGCCUGCCCCCCAAGCACGGCCUCCCGUACGGCAUCCCCCCCAGCCACGGGGACUACCUGACCUUCCAUGACUCCCAGGAGAUGGUCCACCCCCUCAUGUCCUCGCCCCACACAGGCUUGGACCUCAAGACCAGCGAGCGCCUGCAGGAGCCCCGGUCCAGGCCCAAGGAGAAGAUUUGGCAGCACCACGAGGACUCUGCCCCGGCCUACAAGACCCAGGCCCCAGACACUAAACACACCCGCAGGGGGGACAGAGAGACCGACAGGUCCACAUGCCUGGGCUCAAAGAGCCUCAACCACAAGCCCCUGGCGGGAGCUAGAGAGGAGAUAGUCUGUAUCGAUUUAAUCCAAGACGAUGGGGACAGCGACUCUCCGACCAAAGCUGUAUCUCCAUGCGCUAAGAGAGGAGACCCUUCCAAACCUGUGGGUAGUGGGAGUAUCGGGAGAAACGAGGGGAGAGAGGCAGAGCUCCAGCACAUGCUCCGUACCGGCCAGGCUGUUGAACUCAGGCCAGGCCAGGCCCACAGGCAGGCAGAGCAGCAGCAACGCAGCCAGCUGUGGCUGGGCUUCCACCCUUCCUCCCUCCGUCCUGAGCCCUCCCUCUCCCCCUGCCCUUUCCCCAGACAUGAGGAGGACAGCCCCAGCCCUGCAGAAAGCAGCCCCAUCUCUGACCUGCCAGAAGAGCAGACCCUUCGCUGUGCAAGAACUUCUGGAGACCGCACCUCUUUGAACCGUAGAGACCAAUCUUUAGAGGGCCUUAAGAGCAGGGACUGUACUUUUGAGGACCACACCUCUGUGGACCGUAGUUCUGGGGACCGCAGUUUCUGGGACCAUACGCAUGAGGACUGUACUUUUAAGGACCGCAGCUCUUGGGACCGUACACGUGUGGAUCUUACAUGUAGGGUCCGCUCUUGCGAGGACCGCACCUCCGCAGACCACUCUCCUAGGGAACGCACCUUGAACGAAUCUGGGUUUAGGAAUGAAAGGACCAUGGACCACUACUCGGACCUGGACAAGGACAUGCACACGGACACAGAGUCCCACGAGGGUGAGGAGUACGACGACCAAGGCUGCCCCAGGGCCAGGAGGUCCAGCCUGGCCAAGCGCAUCGCUAACUCCUCUGGCUACGUUGGUGACCGCAUCAAGUGUGUCACCACCGAGCUGUACGCCGACUCCAGCAAGCUGAGCAGAGAGCAGCGGGCACUGCAGAUGGAAGGCUUAACACAAGAGGACAGUAAAUUAAGUCAACCUGCUGCUUACUGUGAGCGUGCUAUGCUGCGCUUCUCUGAGCUGGAACUGAAGGAGAAGGAGGGAGGAGGGGCAGCGGUGGACUUGGCAGACAGCCAGCGUGAGCGGAGAGAGGGGGAUGGAGAUGGAAGAGAGGACAGGGCGCGCUGCCAAGGCCCAGCCAGAACGGGGCCAGGGGCCUCAGCCCUCACAGACGAGGCUGAGAAGGACGGUGUGCAGCUGACGUGCCCCAACAACAGAGUGCCUGUUCUCCAGCGAUGCCCACACACUGAGGGCCUUCCACCCAGAGAGAGGGAGCAGGCUGGCCCCGACCUGGAGGAGAGGAAGAGGGGGAUGAUGCUGGAGAAAGAGGAGAGGGUGUGUGUGCUCCCACGGGAGCGGUCUGCCAGCCUGCCCACGGCCCCAGUGGAAAGGCUGGCUCAGAAGGAUGCCAACCCUGGCAUCAUGUCCACCAUGCCAGCCUCCAUGCCCACAACGGUGCCUGGCAGGAAACACGCAUAUGCCCUGGAACCGUGCCAGCCACUCCAGGCCGACAGCCAGGGGAAAGAGCGGGAGGAAAAUGAGAGAGAAGAGGAGAAGGAGGAGACGAUGGACGUUCCAUCCAAAAGAGCCAGGCUAACCAACGGCCCCACUGAGCCCGUCCCAGAGGAACUAAAGAACCUCAAGGUGUGUAUCGAGCUGACCGGCCUCCGACUCAGCAAGCCCCGCCUCGCCCAGGAGCUCAGCCAAUGGCAGGCCGCCACCCAGAGGUCGACAGAGGUCAACGGAAGCAUGGCCAUGACGACGAUCCUGCCCAACGGGUGCCCCGAGGUUGGCGUCACAGACAGGAAGGUUGCCUCACAGGAAGACCGGAGCCUGAAACGCAGGUCAGAGGUCAACGGCCACGCCUGGUGCCAUGAAACGUUUGGUCACGGCGACAUCGAGCGAGUGGUGCUGCCGUCUGUUCCUCUGACCCCAGCGCAUCGGGACCGCCUCUACCGGACCCCGUCCACCACCCCUGUCAGAAAACCACCCCUGCAGACCACCACCCCUGCCCUCACCCCCUUUCACUCCCUGGCCCCUGCACACCCCCACAUCACCCUCACCCCCAGCCCUCCGCGGCUGUCAGACAAGAGACAGAGGCUAAAAGAACACCGCAGGACCAGCGCUUUGGGACUGGGACCCCCCGGCCCUCACCCCGACCACGACCCCAAUCCAACGGGGGACCUGGUGGCCCCCAGACUCCGUUGGCAUGGCGACCAGGACAAGCCCAAGGGCAAGCGGCAGUGCAAGACUAAACACACCAGCCAGAGGGAGAGAGAGAGAGAGAGACUGGGGAAUGAAGAACUGAGGGAAGAGAGGGAGAGAGAGAGGCUGGGGAAUGAAGAACUGAGGGAAGAAAGGGAGAGAGAGAAGCUGGGGAAUGAAGAACUGAGGGAAGAGAGGGAGAAUAAGCAGGUCAAGGAAAAGCGAUGCAGCGAGAAGCGGAGGAGGUCUUCAUCCCUGUCGGAUUACUCCCCCUCCUCCCCCGCCCCCCCUCUCACCCUGCCCCCCCAGCUCAGCCCUCUCCCCAGCCCUACAGAGACCCAGGACCGCACGCCAACCCCCUCCAACCCCCCGGUGCACACCUCUACCCCUGCCAGCCGACCCAUGCCUCCUGAGGCCCGCAGGCUCAUCGUCAACAAGAACGCAGGAGAGACCCUGCUCCAGAGGGCUUCCCGCCUAGGAUACGAGGAUGUAGUGCUGUACUGCCUGGAGAACGGGGUGUGUGACGUCAAUCACCGUGACAACGCGGGCUACUGUGCGCUGCACGAGGCAUGUGCACGUGGCUGGCUUGCUAUCACUCAGCACCUGCUGGAGCACGGUGCCGACGUCAACUGUAGCGCCCAGGAAGGCACCAGGCCCCUCCAUGACGCGGUGGAGAAUGACCAUCUGGAAGUGGUCCGUCUGCUACUGUCCUACGGAGCUGACCCAACCCUGGCUACGUACUCUGGCCGCAGCCUCCUCCGCAUGACCCACUCCCACGGCAUGGAGGGAUUCCUCUCUGGUGAGACUGCUUUAGAGAUGGUGUGUGUGUGUGUUCCUCAUCUGUGGAGGACACAGUAUCAUCCUCGGGAGUUGCCCCGCGUUACCCCACUAUCAGGUUACUUAGCAACAGCUGUAGAGGGGUCGUCCUCUAAGGGCUGGCCCUUGUGAGCGGUGCAGUGAGGG